UCGCUGUUUUUCGACGUAAAAACAACUGCCGCACGCCAGCCGUACACCAGUUUCUGAAGUGACAAGUCGUUUUUCGAAACAUAACUCAGUUUUGCGUCAAAAUCAGGAUGUUCCUAACAAGAUCCGAAUAUGACCGUGGUGUCAAUACUUUUUCACCAGAAGGUCGUCUUUUCCAGGUUGAAUAUGCAAUUGAAGCCAUCAAACUAGGUUCUACUGCCAUCGGAAUUCAGACUUCAGAAGGAGUAGUGCUUGCUGUUGAAAAACGAAUCACCUCACCCCUCAUGGAACCAACAACAAUUGAAAAAAUUGUUGAAAUUGAUAAACAUAUUGGAUGUGCUGUUAGUGGUCUUAUGGCAGAUUCGCGAACAAUGGUAGAUCGUGCUCGUGUUGAAGCCCAAAAUCAUUGGUUUACAUAUGAUGAAAAGAUGAGUGUUGAAUCUGUAGCCCAGGCAGUUUCUAAUUUAGCAAUUCAGUUUGGAGAUUCUGAUGAUGAUGGAAAUGCCAUGUCUAGACCUUUUGGUGUAGCUAUUCUAUUUGCUGGGAUUGAUGAGAAGGGCCCUCAGUUGUUCCACAUGGAUCCCUCAGGAACCUAUGUUCAAUAUGAUGCGAAAGCAAUUGGAUCAGGAAGUGAGGGUGCUCAACAGUCACUCCAAGAGGCAUAUAACAAAUCUAUGACUCUUAAAUCAGCAAUGAAAGCUGCUUUGACUAUCUUGAAGCAAGUCAUGGAAGAGAAAUUGAGCUCAACCAAUGUUGAAGUUGCAGCCGUUACUCCCGACCAGCCUUUCCAUAUGUAUUCAAAGGAGCAAGUAGAGGAUGUCAUAAAAGAAAUUGCUUAGAAUUAACUGAUACUUCACGCACUUGUAAACUCAAGGUGGACAAUAAAAAAACGUUUUUGAAGACUA